AUGGCUGCCACUCAUUCUCAACUUAGCCACGACGCCAGCAGCGACGACAAAGCCAUCGCCCAUGAGCUCGUUGCCGUCGAAGAUACCGGCCACACCAAGGAGGAUGCUACCAUCGCUGCCGCUCAACAAAAGACCCCAGAGGAGGAAAAGAAGAUCCUGCGAAAAAUCGACGUCAGACUCGUUCCUGUCCUUGCUUUUCUCUAUCUGGUGUCUUUCAUCGACCGCGCAAAUAUCGGAAACGCCAGAGUUGCUGGAUUGGAGAAGGAUCUGAAGCUUCAUGGCAUGCAGUACAACGUGGCGUUGACCAUCAUGUUCAUUCCCUACUCGUUACUGGAAGUGCCGAGCAACAUCAUUCUGAAGAUGACUCGCCCUUCCUACUACAUUAGUAUUCUUCUGUUUGUGUGGGGGUUGAUCGUAACUCUGACCGGUCUUGUCCAGUCGUACUCUGGACUUUUGGCUGCUAGAUGGUUCCUCGGAACGGCAGAGGCCGGUUUCUUUCCCGCUGCAACUUUUCUCUUGACAAUCUGGUACCGCCGAUACGAGGUCCAAACGAGGAUGGUCUUCUUUUACGCUGGGGCCACCAUGGGAGGUGCCUUUUCAGGACUCCUGGCGUAUGCGAUACAGAAAAUGGACGGCAUUUCAGGGCUGGAAGGCUGGCGAUGGAUCUUUAUCAUUGAAGGCAUCUGCACCUCUUCCCUGGCUUUCUUCAUGUGGAGGAUCUUGCCAGAUCGGCCCGGUACCGCAAGCUUCUUGACUCCGGAUGAACGCGAAUUCGUGAUUGCCAGACUUCAAGUUGAGACAGGCUCGGGGAGAGGAAGAAUCACAAACGACGACAAAAUCACAAAGGAACACAUCUUUGCGGGCCUACGCGAAUGGAAAAUCUGGCUGGCUGUGCUGAUAUUCUGGGGCAACGCCAUCGGAGGCUAUGGGUUCACUUAUGCCAUUCCUACUGUCAUUCUCGGACUUGGCUACACGGCUGCCAAUGCGCAACUUUUGACGGUGCCAAUCUACGUCGUGGCCAUGAUUGCCACGGUGUUGAAUGCGGUGAUCUCGGACCGCUACAAACAGAGAUCGCCGUUCAUCAUCCUUGGCCUGGUGGUCGCAAUCAUCGGCACAAUCUGUCUGUUGGCAGUACCUCAUCCUGGGCUACCGGGCCUGACCUAUGGGAUAUUGUUUAUCGCGGCAAGCGGUCUUUACAUGCUCACGAUUCCCGUCAUGUGCUUUGUCGCAAACAACCUGGCCCCCUCGUCCAAACGGGCCGUCGGCAUGGCGCUGCUCCUCUCGAUCGGCAACAUGGGCGGCAUCGUCGGGUCCAAUAUCUUCCUGUCCAACCAAGCGCCGCACUACUGGACCGGGUACGGCGUGAUCAUGGGCAUCGACUGCCUGGCCGUGGUGGCGUGUCUGAUCCUGAGGUUCUCGUACAAGCGCAUCAACGCGGAGCGCGACAGGAUGAGCGAGGAGGAGAUUCGCGCCCGGUACACCGACGACGAGCUGUUGAAGAUGGGCGACAAGAGCCCCUUUUACAGGUAUACCCUGUAG